CGUAGGAAAUGGGCUGCUCGAUGGGCUAUAGCUUCCAGGCGCGUUGUGUCGGCCUAGGCGGUAGCGGCGAAACAAUGUCGGAAAUGGGCUCCUCUGGAAGAAACGGCGGAUCUCGUUUCGUCGCUGGCGCUUCACCUUCCUGGGCGUCGUAGGUGGCAUGGGCGCGACGUGCUGUCCGCGGUGGCUGCUGGUAGGAAUGCCGGGCUCGGUGAACGCCGGCUGGGGUAACCCGAUUGUGUUUACCGGGCUCGGUGAACGCCGGUUGGUGAGGCAGGCUAUUAUGAACACUGCCAAAAAUUGAAUACUGGCUAUGAGACAACACAGUAUUAGUGAGAUGACCGCUAUAAGGAAACAGGUGCAUCUGAUUUAUUCUGCUGCUGGCUCGCCUUAUAAAGGCCGUCUGUUGGAGUGGGGAGAAGCCGUUUUGCACGUCUCGGCCGUGCUUGCUCGCCCCGGGGUGUUCUCAGCCGUGCCGAACUGAGGGUAGUCUCGGCGUGCUUAAAGCCCGAAACCCACUAGCAACACCCCACACCACGCCACGCUACACGACACUACGCAACAAAUGUGUGUGCAGAAGAUAAUCAUUACUUUACAUGUAACGUGUACACACUCGUUCCACGCGACGCGACACCACGCGAGAGGACGUGUACUGGGUCUGGAUGUCCAGACUUGCUCGACGCGUAAACAAGCGUGUUGACCCGUUCCCCUUACGUCCGAGUUCCCGCUACAGUCACCAGUUGUGUUUGUGUACAUUUGCUGCAAGACAUUUGCAGUGAUUUAACGACAAUGCAAGAUCAAUUAUUAAUUGAAAAAGUACGCCGGUAUGAAUUUCUUUACAAUCAGCACUCGUCUCAUUAUAGAGACCAAAACAUGCGGCAGGAAGCGUGGGAAGAGAUAGCGCGAGAAUUGAACAGUUCAGCAUCGCAAGUUAAAGACAUGUGGUCGAAAUUGCGCAACUGCUAUUCUAACGCAUUAAAGAGACGCAAAUUUAAAAAAAGUGGACAAGCCGCAAAGAAGUACACUCCGUGGAAGUAUGAAGAUGAAAUGUCCUUUCUUCAACCAUAUUUCGAUACUAGACCAACUCAAGAAAAUUUGGAAGAGCAUCAAUCACAGGCAGUAGAAUUACUUCAUACUGCCAAUGAUAACGAAGAAGAUAAUGCUACUGAAGAAGGUAACGAAGAUAAUGACAGUGACGUAGAUGACGACAAUCUGGAAAGAUCGUCCACAUCUACAGUCUCCACCCAAUCACACAUUACUCACAACGCUCCAAAAGUGGAUCAUCCUAGAGCGAAACGUACUAAAAAUGCUGCGGACGAAAUGGUGAGCAUUAUGAAGAAAAAUGCCGAACAGAGAAUGAAAAAAGCCGAUGCGAAGGAGAACUCUAAAUUAGACGAAUCCGAUAUGUUUUACUUAAGCAUGUCGAAAAAUGCCAAAAAGUUACCCGAAAUGGACCAAGCAUGGAUUCGUUUGGAAAUAUGCAAACUUGUCUCUGAAGCACAAAUGAGACAUUUGCAGGGUCAAACUUGGGUUCCUCCAUCUGGAUCUUCUCAACAAAAUUCCAGAGGGGAAGAAAAUUAUACAAUGACCUCACUUUAAAAACAUCAUGUUCUACAUACGAUUUCUAUAUCAACC